UGGUUUGAUUGGAAAUCGAAAUGCCUCAACUUGAUAAAUUGACUUAUUUCUCACAAUUCUUCUGGUUAUGCCUUCUCCUCUUUACUUUUUAUAUUCUCUUUUAUAAUAAUAAUAAUGGAAUACUUGGAAUUAGCAGAAUUCUCAAACUACGGAACCAACUGCUUUCGCACCGGGGGAACAAGAUCCGGAGCAAGGACCCUAAUAAUUUGGAAGAUAUCUCGAGAAAAGGUUUUAGCACCGGUCUCUCAUAUAUGUACUCCAGUUUAUCCGAAGUAUCCCAAUGGACCGUCGACUAUUUGGGAAAAAGGAGGAAAAUCACUCUGAUCUCAGAUUUCGGAGAAAUAAGUGGCUCACGAGGAAUGGAGAGACAGAUUCUCUAUUUGAUCUCGAAGUCCUCAUAUAACACUUCUUCCAGUCGGAUCACUUGUUGGAAAAACAUAAUGCUCACACAUGUUCCACACGGGCAAGGAAGCAUAAUCUAAUGAACUUAGAUUCUUUUCUUUCUAUAGGACUGAGGAUCCUUGCCUAGAUCCAGAAAAAGUUGGAUGCGCCGGAAGCUGAAGCGGAAAUGCAAUUCUCGGGUGAGGAAAGGGUUGUCUCAGGUACGCCUGGGGCAGGAUUGAAUCGAUGUACCUAAGCUAAACUUAUAAGAUUGAACCACCUAUAGACGGAAUUAGGAGAGCUGAGGUUUAAUCCAAGACCAGGAAAGCACCAGCUAUAUCGAAGCCCAAUGCCAAGCAAAGCCCUAGACGGAAAGUGAAGAAAUUGGCUUCAAGCUUCGCCCUUAACCCAAGAUGAGGUGGAGCCUUACCCCGACACAAGGUGGGACCCUCCCAUUAGGAUAGUGGGCUUAGUCAGACCAACAUAGGUUGUCAACCAAAAAGGAGAAGCUCCCGUUAUUGUUGGUUUAUGGACCUAAGACGAGAGGAUUGGGCUUAGAACAAGACCUUUCGGUGGAUAUGAUCACAUCUUCAUGACAAUAGGUGUACACCUUUGGCCUCACUCAAGGUAAUGGGUGACCAAACCUAACGAGUCUAAACAAAUUGGAUCUUAUUGUGUGACAAAAACUGAGAUUGGGAAUGCUUGGCAGGUAUUUGAGUACCAGUAAAUUAGGGAAAUCAAACACAUAAAGAAGUUUUCUUUCCAAGCCUGGUAACACCACACUUAAGUAAGUCGAUUCAGAUUAGCCAACAAGCGAAUCCAUUCCAUUAACUCAGUCAACUCUUUCUGGUAAAAGUGCUCAUCAUUACUACUAUAUAUAAUAUAAUAUAAUAUAGUAAAUUACAGACAACACUCAAUGCUAAUGAGUGGAUCAAGUCAUUUACUAGUCAAUGAACUGACUAAACCCUGUCUGUUCUGGGAAUUGACCCACUUAACUAUACUCUUAGGGCAAGCCGCCCUGUGGUAAUUAACUCCGUAAAAUCUGUAUCAGUCUUGAGGCAAUUUGGAAAUGCUAGACAAAGAUAUUAAUCAGAGUCAGUCAAUUCCCUAGCUACAGUUAAUAUGAAAAAUCCCGGGUAGGUAAUUCAAACACGCCCCACCCAAUAGGUGAAUCUUUCAAAGUGUGGGAAAUCUCCCCUUUCUUCAAUCCUAGAAUCGAUGCCUAAGAAAAAGGGUAUAUCUAUUAAAAUGCUCAACCCAUUCAUGCGAUUCAAUCCUCUGCUCUGAUUCUAUUAAAAAGGAAACACUCCACUAAGUCGUACACACUCCCCAAUAAGUCUGGUAAUUAAUUCGUUCAAAUCAAUGCUCGGUGCAGCAGGUAAUGUAACUUAAUCAAUCGCAAGCGGCAAAAGAACUCAAACUCAAUCCACAAUCCGUCUCGCUCGUCUGGGAAAGAAGAGCAGGCUGUUAGGCAAGCCGGCUUUAAUACAACCUCUAGGGAAGCCAGGAAAGUUGGUAUAUACUUUGUACCAAGUACCAAACUUUUGAAACAGUUUGAAUCCAAUAAGGAAGAAAUGAAAAAGCUAGGCCGAAGGAUGAGAUGGCAUUUCAAGAGAAUAGUCGAUCAGUAUGGCAGGAAGAGGUCUCUUUGUCAAAUCCUCUAUCAUCUAAAGCUGGGUCAGAAACUUCCUUUAGGAGCAGAAGAAUUUGCAGGCCGUAGGACAAAGCUUCCAUUCUCGAAGAAACUAGCCAAGUUUGAAAACACUUAAGAGGGCUGGGUAUUGAAAGAGUCUGGCAGGAAGAAGUAUAGUACCAAGCGGCAGUAAGCCUCGAUUCGAAUUAGCAGAGAGGUCAGUUUUAGGAGGUCGGUGUCCAGUGGAGUUCAGCGAGAAACUCAAAGUAAUACAUACCUAUUUGUUGCGAUGUGAUUGCUUCGCACCUUUCAAUAUUUCUUUUACUUCUAGUGCUAUCUUCCAUCCGUUCCAGUUCAUGGAUCUUCUUCUUGUUGUAGAACGAGAAUUGGAUUGAUUCCUAUAGUUUAGUUCUCUAUUUGCAAAUUCAUUACUUAAUAACGAUCUUAUAGGCUUUGUCUCAGGCAGAUCUGGAGCGACUGGAUUGAACAGAAAGUACUCUCACACUAUAGAAAAAAGUAAAGUCCACUAAAAGUACAUGCACUCUUUUCUUACACUUAUAGAGGUUCGAAGAAAUGAGUAAAAGGUAGACUAAGUGAUCAAUCAAGAUCUUGUCUCAAAACCUACUCUUAGAAGGCUCAUUCCAGCAGCCUUAGCACAAGCAAGUAGACCGUCACAAAAGAGAAUGAAAUCAAAACCGGAGAAUGAAAUGCUUUACUUAUAAUACUAAGACAACCAGGCACUUCACUUCAGGCUUUGAUCCGCGACUUACAGAACUGUUUUGCCUGACAUUCAAUCGUUUUCUUGUCUUUUUUUCUUCCCACUACUAUAUAUAAUAUAACCUUUAGAUUUUAUACUCCAUCCAACCACUCUCUGUUCCAUUUCUCAUUCCUUAUUCCUGAAAGGAUAGGUUCUUUAUUCCAGCUGUUCGUUAGAAUCUUAGCUCGAAUUCAAUGUUCGGAUGCUCCAUCCUUCGCGUCCAAUCCCUGUCAGGAGGGGCAGCUUCCUCGAGUCCGGUCUCGGAAGCUGGGGCAAAAUAGGCCAGUCUAUCUGAGGGAACGGGACCUACAAUCAGGAUCUCUUCCGCGGAUCUCUUGCCUUGCUUCUUGACUGGAACCUGGCACUUUUAGCGUGCAUCUAGUCUGCAUAUCCCUUUCUGCAAAUCUCUAUUAGCUCUGCUGCAGAAGUGGAAUGUGAGCUUGGGAAUACCCUUCCGGUUUCCAGAAUCCUAGCUUGAUUUCUUGCGUUUAAAGGCAGGCUUGACCAACCACAUCACAUAAGCCAGCGCAGCGAGAAAACUGAUUCUUCCACGGGAUUCCGCUUCCUACGAAACAUACGUUUUACGAAUUAACGGUUACCAGUAGCGAGCGAUCCUUUCCUACAAGGUAAGGCCAUGGACAAAGGUUUUUUAUCUACCCCAGCGGGGGCAGUUUUAGGAGUCUUUUUUCAAUCCAUCUUACUUUGAAUCCGGGCUCGCCUUCACUCGGUCAAGGGGUUGCCCUUUACCUCGUUCCGUGGUCCUUUAUCCCCUCCUUGCUUGCCUAGUUUUAUUCCUUUCCGAGGCCCAAAAGCCAAGCAUCACAAUCAGAGGGUUAAUCCUCCAACCAGAACCAACUUAACCUAUGGAUAGUCUCCGCCGGCCUAGGCGGAGAUGGCCAACUGAUAGAUACUUAUCCUGCCCAGCGGGUGCUACUUCUCUUCUUUCUCCUAUUUGCUUUGCUUGACGGUGAAACCUAUCGAUCAUAUCCGGAAGUUGCUUAACACUACCCUCGAAUGCAAGUCAGCUCUUCGAUUCUCGAGAAUCGGGGUGGGCCAGGUGAUUAUUUGAUUUCCAAUAUGGAUAUAAUGAUGUGUAAGAACUGCACCACCGAUAUAGCACCCUUCCUCGGACUAAGGAUAUUCGUACUCCCAGUGCUCUUGCUUCCUUUGCACCCCGGCUCCGAAGGAUCAGUAGGGAGGACUCCGGAUGCCAGUAUCGGAAUGGAAACAUUCCUCGAAUGAUAUGAUGGUUGUGAUGCCCCGUUCGUGAUACCCAGGGAAGGGGACUACAUCAUACUUCUCUGAUCCAGUCCUUUCUUUAUUGACAAUAUUUAUUAGUUGACCACUUUACUAGGCUUUCCCUAACAAAAGUAUUCCGAGUGACCACCCUAUUGUCACUUUACUGUCCAGUUCGCGAGUCCCACUCACUUAUUUUAGUCAAACCGACCCUAACUAAAACUAAGUUAAGUAUAGUACUUUUCUCAAUGCUGCCCGCCUCUCAUCUGUUUUCUAAUCAGCUUCUAUCUUCUGUUCCAACCAAGGAAGCUCUUCUAUUCAACCGGUUCGUAUCGCCAGGCCCCUCAGGGGGUACGGUUUAUCUAAUCACACUGCUCGCUACUACAGGGAUUCCUUCUCCUUGCCGAGUUGCAGGUGUUACCACCCUAGAUAUUCUAUUUAUUAUUUGUAUGCUGCCUUCUCUCCUUCAUCUGGAUUUUUGAGAUGAUUGUUAUGUUAGUUCUUCCUUCUAUGUUGUAAGGUGCAAUCUCAUCCGAUGUUUGCCAGUUUGCCCGAGUCUUCCCGAUUCUUAUCCAGCCCAGCUAGAUUGGACCAACAUCAGCGGUGCUUCUAUUAACCCUUGCUUCUCUACUAUUCUUAGGUCUUAGGAGAACCCUAUCUUCCAUAUUCCUAAUCCUCAAGUACAGUAGGCCGCACUCUUCGAUCCUUUGGUCCUAGAACACCUUUUGUCGUAAACUAUACUCUACAUUCCCCCUCGGUCUACUCCGCCAAAGUAGCGACAAGAUUCAAUUGCUGGUUCGAUUCCAGCUCGCUAUCCGACGGUUAAUCCUUUAACCAGAGAUCAGCAUCCAAGGGUUAUUCCUUGAACCAGUGCUUCCUAUCGAAUCGAUCAUUCUUUACUUACUUUAUUAAGAUUAAGUGGGCAUCCCUCACUGAAAAGAGAAUCAAGCAGGAAAACCCUAGGACGAGGGAUAGUGAUAUUCCUUUCACCGAGCAAGAAACCAUCUCUUUCUUUCACAUAUAUAUAUCUAUUUCAAGAAGUCCAAUCCACCACUAUCAAUGGAGCACUCUACUCUAUACUAUUACCGAGUGAAGAUUUCAUCGGAUCCGGCUUGCUUUCAUUGAAGGACAAGAGCGGAUAGUUCCCUUCCCUUUCUUCGAUGAACCCUUAUCUUUCGAUAGAGAAGUACAGCGAGAUGAACGAUAAGUCGAACGACAGAACAACCUGAUGUUACUGCAUCAAGUAAUUCAGAUUGUCAUAUUGAGAUUUUUUCCUUUUUUGUACUUAUUAUUCCAAGCCAAAAGGCUAUGUUCUCCCCCAUACAGCUCGCAAGGCUCAUAACCUAACUGCUCUACUUACUUAAUUCUUAAUUCAGAAAUUCAACAACCCUCCCUUGAAGGGCCAAAACAACAGCAGAGUAGCAGGUCAAAAAGAGAGAGAGAACUGAAACCGAAGAUACUUGGGUUGGGAGAACUCUUCUACAGUACUCCAUUAACAGAAUAAAAGUAUAGACCAAUCAGCCUUCCUUAUUGUCCAAGAUCAUUACUAAAGUGUUGGCCAACAGACUAGUACCAGUGGUGGAUAGGAGAGUAAGUCCCAGACAGCUAAGAUAAACUCCCGGGUAGUGUUGUCACUGCACAAGAGGUGCGUAACAGGUGUAAGCAAAGAAGAGAGCAUAACACUGGAUUUAGAAAACGAGCAUAUGAUAUGGUGAGACAACUUUCUCUUUUUUGAGGUGAGAUGCUAGCCAGCCCUCUAUUCAUGGGUGAGAUAUCGACUUUACAGCGUUACCACGUACCAAAUCGUUCACUCUAUCAGGCAGCCGGAAGUGCAUCUCUUCUUUUUGCAGGACUUCUUCCUAGCUCCGUGGAACGAAGAGUUGGAACGAAUAGUAGAAUGUUGGGCAGCAGGAAAGACUAGUUACAGAAAAGCCAGCCCCAGUUCAUUCUGGCUAUUGCAUCCGUGGAAUGCAUAGUUAGCUCCGUUUUCAAGUCCCACCCUACCUACUUAUUAGCUUGCCCUGUUUCUAAUGCGCUGUGGACCUUGCUUGUUGGCUUCGUCGACCAAUUCAAUUCCUUGUGUCGGCUCCGAUCUAACUAGUAAGAAGAAAGAUAGAUAUAUAGAAUUGGGUGGGCAGAGUUGGCUUGCUUCCAAGAGAAUAAACACCUGGCGACUCGAAAACAUGAUGCGCUAGGUUUCGAUCAGUUAAUCGAGAUAGGCUGUACUUUUCAUUCGAUUUUGUUACCACGUGCUUUUCACUUCAUGAUCAUGGCUCAUUUUCCUAGAACACCACAAAAAAUCUCCCUACCAGUUUUAUGAGAGUGCUCAGUCAACUUCCUAUAAGAGUUCUGCUUUUGCUAAUCAAAGACAGACAUCAAUCCCUCAUCCUACUCUGUCUGUCAGUCGGUUACUCAGUUCUGUUAGCUACUCACGUGUCUAUACUAAGCUAAGAUAUUCCUCAUUCUUGCACAGGACAGGACAGGAGAGGGGAUUGCCUUAGCUACCGGUACCGAACUCCGAUCAAACUAAAACGAAAAGCUUAACCGAUUCUUGUAGAGUCCUUAGCAUUAGAUAAUGCAUGCGCACACAAGAGGAAUGAACUUGCCUUCUAGUGAUUUGGAAGGAUUGAGUCGGCUGCCCCCAGCCUCGCCCCGCAUCGCCCUCCGGGGGUAGUUACGCCAGUGGAACCAACUCACAAAGCAGCCCAAAAGCAGGAACUUUUCUUGAUUGAAUUGGUUUAAAGGUAAUUCAUCAAUCCUUAAAUUAUUCCAGGAUUCUUUUGGGAUGCUAUCCACCCUUUGAUUUACGAAUUGGCUAUAAUAUUUACUCUGGAUCCCUUCCAGCUGCAAGUCAAGAAGGAUCCUUUGAAACAUUUUAGGAUUAUACUCACAAUUGGUUUGGGGGUUUCGUAUUGCAUUGCCCGCACUAUCCAUAUCCUGGAACAGGAUUGAUUUGGCCAUGGAAAGGGCCAGCUAAACGCCUAAGCUCUGAAAGUACGGAUUGCUUCCCUUCAUAGAUUUUAUUAGUUAAUUUGAGAAGUUCCUCUGGGCUCCUGGUCCUUUCCAGAUACUGCAAACUCAAAUUAUGAAAUAUGAGAUCCCUGCUACUCAGAGUCAGAGACCCGAAAGGACGUGGUGGACUCCCUGGUUCCCCCUCAUCUGCAGGAGAAAUUGAAGAAGGUGCAGCCCCGCCCCCUGCGGAGUGACUCGGGGCCGGCGGUGGAGUAGUACCUGACUGGGUCGAGUAGGCACCCUCCUCAGGGCUAAGUGGCGGAUCUAGAAAAUAGUCUGAGCCGUCAAGAACUAUUUCAGGGGGCAGACCCGAGUGCUCUAUUGGAGCUUUGCCCUUGCCCUUAUCUUGGGCUUGACAGGUAGACUAUAAAGAGAUUCAGUACAGCAAGCCUGACACUCAUAUUUAUUAAUAUAAUGGGGACCCAGAGAAAGAUAAUAGAGAGCCAUCUGCCAAUAGGCAGAAUAGAUUCCACACUCACUUCAGAUUCUGGGUGGGUAAAGGGAAACGUGAUCUCUAUUCUGAGAGGGAGCGCGGUCGAGCAUAGACUCGGCAACAACCAAUACAUCCAAUACCACAGUAGGCCCACGUACUACAGCUUAAAUGUACUGUAUGUGCCAUCAUAAACCAUUUCAGUCGUAGUACCUAACCUACCAGGCACUUGUUUGCCACCAAGAUAACCUAAUUAACGUGAAACCAACUGUAUUUCCGCUGUAGUACCUACCAGGCUUGUAACCAAGCUAAGUGAAAUUGAAAAACAUUUUCGCUGUACUACCGCUCGUGUAACCGACGUAAUCGGUCUUAAACACCUAUAAUAUAAGGAACUCGUGUACAACCAUAACAUUUAUAUAUUUCACAGGUGUACCACCGUAACCAAUUUCACUCGUGUACUACAAAGAAGAAAAGAAAAAAAGAAAAUUAUAGCUUUCUUUUUUUUUGGUGCGUGCUUUUCGCCUGCCUUCCCGACCACGGAUAGGCUACGGGGCUUUGCACUUCGGCCCCUGUGAAUACCACAUCAAGGUGACAGGAUUCGAACCUAUGGCCCUCUGUACCCAAAACAGAUGCGCUGACCCCCUGGAGGGAUGGAUCCAGGGGAUAGAAGGUUUAGCACGGUAUCACCUAAUGUUGAUUUUGUUGAGCUAGCCAAACAAAUGAAAAUAGUAACUGAAAAUAUAGAUCGACGGAGGGAAAUGAUAAAUAAACAAGUAGCCUUCCAUUAUGCGGUAAACGUUUAUCAUGUAAACUCCGUCGGGGGUAUAGAAGAUAUCGAACAAUACAGCGAAAUCCCUCAUGUUUUAAUAGGCUGCGGUAACACAAUCAGUGCUGAUCCCUACUUCGGAGACGAAGAUGAUUGUUCUCUCAUGUGGGAGAAUUUAGUUUGGGCAGGUUUAUACGGUGAUGGAAUGAAAACCCCUUUGAUUGAUUCUCACCCAACCAAUCGAACCUAUAUUGAUAUUAUCGCUGAUGGUGUCGAUUUUCAUGAAGAUAAUAGAAAAGUAAGAGCUAUCUUCAAAAUCAUUGAUGGAAAAAUGUGUGAACUAUGGUGGCUUAAUGGGAGCAAAGAGAAUGAUAGUAUUUGGACAGUUAUAGAGAACUAUAAAACAUUUUGUGAAAUGAAUGAUCCUUGUGUUUAUACACAAGAAUUCAGAGAGUUCGUUCGAGCGAGAAAUAAAAAUAAUUCUGAUUGGCCUUUUAUUCUGGAGUUCUUUCAUGCCAACCUAUUUCAUACCAAUAUAGUAGAUGUAAUGUAUAAUAUAAUUAGCAAGGACGUCAGGCUUCAAUACGUUUUGAAUUUCCCAUCUUUGACGGUUUCGUCACCAUAUAAAAAUCAGUCAGUGAUGGAUAAUGCUGACUUGGGAAAGAAAGUACUAUUUGCACUUAGCGUCACAUAUAUGCAUCAUGUGUGCGCUAAAUUUUUAGAAGGUGAUCUAUAUUUCCGGAAUGAUAUUGAUAAAUAUCGGGAUAAUCCUUUCAUCCCAUUUAUACGUUGAUGGUAAUAUAUUCGAGGGGAAGAUUUGCCUUAGCCAAUCAGCUGGUAGAGCACACCUUAAGGAUGUUUAUUAGAUGAGGAAGAUCGUUACGUUACUGAGCAGAGAUAUUUUGAGUUACUUGAGAUACUAGUCUCACCUCAAACUAGCAUCCAAUUGUUUUCUCUUUAACAACGAAACGAGGGAGAGAAAGACUUUCUUCUGGGGGGAAGGCAGGCUUUCUCGGUGUGAGAGCUAAGACCACGGUCCAGAGUGGUGGCUUGUAAAACUCCACAUAGAGCUGUCGACUAUAAGACUGCAGUCCUGAGAGAUGGCGGUCUCUCUCGGGAAACAAGGCUCAUUUAUCUCUUCUUUCUUUUUGGUAUGAUAUUUUUGAUACGAGUUUUCUAUAAAUACUCUAUACCAGAAAUCACUAUCCUCAGGGAUGGGAUGGAAUCUUGCUACCGGCGUACCUGAUUGAUAACUACGCUCAUAGCAUAUACGUCAAUUCAUGGAAUCCGCUCUGGCUCCGGGAACGAAUCCAUAUAUAUAAUAUAGGAAAGCGCCUAUCUAUGGGUUGGCGAGGAAGACUGUCUUCGGGGAAGAGAGGGUUUCGAGUAAGAGAAGGUUUCUCUGCGUAUAGGGUUUCUCUGCAUAAGUAAGAAAGGGUUUCUCUGCGUAUAGGGUUUCUCUGCAUAUAAGUAUUAUAGGAGCGUAUAAAGUACAGUAUUAUAUUAUAGGAAAUGAAAAGAGCUAUUGUAUUGUCUGGUCUCUUGUUAAUUAGCAAAAGAAGUUCGAUUGGAAGGUGCUUAUGUGACUUCUCUGUUGAUACUAUCUGUUCACGUGAUUAACUCACAUAGAAAGUAGGCAUAUGCUUACUAAGUUGAUUCCCUUCAAUCUCUAGCCGUACGUACAAAGUAUACUAGGGAUAAAAUAGCUCUCUACCACUACAGUAUUGAGCACUAGGGUAGGAGUUUCAACUCUAAAAAAUGGAAAUCCCCACCAACCUUCAAAUAUUAAUUUAAUAAAGUAUAGCAAUCAUGACAACCGAUUUCAACCGUAUGAGGGAUUUGUAUUGUAAGUUCGAAAAGUUUGUAUUUGACAAGAGAGGUGUAUCUAAUAUAUUCCAAGUACCGGAUAUUGAAUGUAGUACAUCAGUGGAAUCUGUAAAUAGAACAUUAUUGUGGAAAGUAGUGGGUUUAUAUAAGAAGUUAUUAUCUAAUAAUAGUAUUUCUAAUAGAUCAAAUGAUAUUAUCUCUAAUGAGAUUUUCUCUAAUGGCCCGUAUAUAUUCAAAUCGUUAAAUGAUCAACUAGCAUAUCAUAGUAAGUUAUAUAUGGAUUCAUUAACUAAUAAAGAUUUCAUUCAUCAAAUAUCAUAUGAAGUUUAUGAUCCUGGGUGCAAAUUAUCUUUGGACAUCUCCUAUUGUCAGUUUUAACGCAACAUUAAAUAAAUGGAAGUUUGAUUCUUGGAAAGAUUUGCUAUCUUUAAAACAAUUUACACCCGGGAUAGAUGAUGGUAAUAAGUGGUUAGAAACAGUGUUAUGGCCAGCCUAUAAAAGUGCAUUAUCAAAGAAAUAUUUUUUCAUAUCCAAUAAUUUAACCAAUUGUUUGAUAAAAAUGACAACUAUAUCAAUCAUCUAUGGAUGGAGGAAUCAAUACUGUAUAUGGUAGUAUUUUCGCACUUGUCAGAGUUGGUUUUUACACUACAGUUUGGUACAAGUUUAUACCUUGUAAUAUAGAUAUUCAACCAGAUCAACUGCUUUAUAUGUCGUGGGAUUACUUUCUCAAUGAGAGUGCUAUUGUACAAGGGUAUACUAAGAUAACACUGCAGGAAACUCAAGAUAUAUCAGAUAUAGUGAUGUCAAUCCGGGGAGAUACUCCUUUUACCUUUGAUGAGAAUAGUUUUAACAAUAUGGCUAUGUUGAAAGAGGUCAUACCACCAGAGGAACCAGCAAUACAAAUACCUAUGGAUAAUAUAGACAGAAAAUGGAGAGUAGGGGUUAGUUUAGGUAUCGUAAUAGCAUUCUGUGUUGCUAUUGGUGUAUUUCCAGACUAAACAACGAGAAGGAAUCCACUAGCUCUCUUUUCCACACAUGCACUGUCAAUUCGAUUGCCAAAGAGUGAUAAGACAAGUACCUUCGGCAGCUAUCUAUGGAUGCUUGCAGCCAGGUCUGCAAUGAAUGCAUGCAGCUAAGUAAACUCCUGUCCUACAAGGCAGCCAUACUUUACCUGAAGUCACACUGGGCCAGGUUCCGUCUUUAAACACUUGCCCAAAAACCAUCUCAAAAUCUGAGUGAACUAUCCCAAUACCUUGCUGGAAAGCUGGAAACUUCAGUUGUAUAGGUAGAGAGGAAAGAUCAGCAUAGAAGUGAUGUUCAGUAGAUAUAGAAGUGAUGUUCAGUAGAUGCCGAGUAAGUUGGAGUUUCUGAAGUGCUUGUUGGUAGUUCUCCCUGCGCUUGAAUUCAAAAGCUUAUCCCAUCUUUUCUGUGAAGAAAACGAAAUAGUCAGGCGGGUCCCUGUCUGCCUAGUAGUACUAUCUUUAGUUGUGGAUUUUGUUUAAGAUCUUCUUCCUUUUAUUCCUUGAACAACAAGGAUACGGAAUUACGUUAUUAGUACUCGGUUAACGUGUUGUAUGUUAUUGUGACAAAUAAGCGAAUAAGCAUUGAUUGAGAAACUAGUUUGCCCAAGGAAGGCCUUUGCUCUCGAAAGCCUAUUCGUCUAUGAAAAACGAAUCCCGUGUGACUGAUCUUUACUAGUACCUUCUUUUGGCUAGCCCGUUUCCACUACUUUAUUUACUAGACUCAAUGCCUAUGUUCUGGGCUAUCUGUGAAUGCUUUUCCCUGUGCUUCUGUUAGCACAUUGUUUUCCUUUACUCUCUAUUUGGCCUUCGCUAUUUGAUUAUUCUCUAUGGUCUCUGAAUUCCGAUCAUUCACUUCAAGAAGCAGCUCUUCUAUUAAAU